AUGCCUUACUCAGACAACCUUUACUCAAUGGUGGACGAUGAGUCGGAUAUCGAGCAGAUUGGUGACUCUCCAGCCCAAGAUGGGAACGAUGGAUCAGGUGUAGCUUCCCGGGCCUCGCGGCUGGACGCCCGCGACAGCUAUGUGCCUACGCAUAUGGACGCACACGAAGCAAUAGGCUCGGUUGACGCUGUCGACGACGGGGAGCCACAUGCUCUCUCGCCUACUGACGGCUACUUUGGCGCGGCGACCGAUACUCCGUCCGGGACCGCGGUGCCAACGUCAUCCAAUGUCCCCUAUGUGCCCAACGUUUUGGUCGAGGAUCCGUCCCUGCAACGGAGCACGGCCGAAAGCAAGGCGAGAGAGGCUGAACAAGAGAGACUUCGCAAUGCAGAGGGCCGCGCAAGCUCAGAUGGCGGAAACACACCAGCUUCUCCGUCUCGUGGGACGGCAGCAUCCCAGAAUAGAUCCUCAUCCGCUUACGGCAUGGCCCCUGCGGCCCGAAGCAUCGCCUCUAGCUUGCAGUCCGUAGGGGCCACGUACUACAGCUCGUCGUCAUCCACUCACAGUCCGACAGCUGCAACGUCAAGUUCCCCCACAGUCUAUUCGACGCGUACGUCCGCGUACGAUGGCGAACACUUCCCGUUCUUGCCGAGGGAGGCGCCCCCUGCUUAUACUCCGUCCCCGACCUCUCCCUCCAACGCUUCUGGCCUUGUCCCCUCGAGGAAUUACAGGACAUUCUCACAGGACACGGACGCCAUCGCUAUCAACAUGGGUCGACCGGAAGAGACUCAAGGCCUCUUGGCCCACCAGCCCGAAAGUAUGCGGGACCACUACCCUGAGGGGCGUGACGACACGUCAGGAACAUGGAGAGCCCAUGCCAGGAGAAUGCGGCAGCAUGCCAACUGGGGAUGCUGCAAGACAGCGUUGAUCGUCCUGCUCCUUCUCCUGGUUACAUCUGGCUUUCUGAGUAGCAUCUUCACUGGCACAAAGGGACGGACCCGGCCUGGAGAGCCGAACACGAGCUACCCCGAGGUCGACGGUGGUUUCAGCUGGGAUGCUGUGUCUUUCUGCAAAGACACUCAGAUUCACCGCCACAUCCAGGGUUACGACUUCUCAUUUGGCUCCGACAGGGAGCUUGUCUUGGUGGAAAAGACCACCGAGGACGACGGCCGCCGCGGUUGGGGCGAAGUCCACACCCAAGGAGCCGUCAUCUUGCGCAGGGCUGGGCCUGGGGCACCUGACACUGCAGUGACUGUAGAGGUUACCGUCACUGACGAGCGUCUCCAAGUCCCAAUCAGGUGGGAUGGAGAGGCUGGCGGGAAGCUGAAGAUCACAGUGCCGCACCGAGUCGAGUGGAGCCCAGAUAAACCAAGGGCGUGCGUGAAUGUUAAGGUCACCGUCUGGGUUCCCGAGAACAGUGAGCUCGAGAGACUCACCGUCGAUGCUGUGCACCUUGACAUCAAGCUUCUUGACAACCUGGCGCUGUCCGUUAGCGACUAUGCCAAGCUUGACAGCAUUGUUGGCUCAGUCGUUGCAGCCUCCACGGGCACUAGCAACCGAGACGACAAGCUUAUCGACUCCGGGGCGCCCGAAUCCUUCCUCUUCCACUCGCGCAGCAUCGCGGUCAAGACCACGUCGUCCCCAAUCAAGGGCUCCUGGCCGCUAUAUGACGAGCUCAGCCUACAAUCCGUCUCAGGCGACAUCAGAGUCGGCAUCGAGCCCAAGGAGGCCGACGCCAACGCCCCUGCACCGGCAGCCCUCUAUGUCAAAUCCCUCUCCGGCGACGCCGAGUUCCGUGAGCCAAUCCUCGCCGCCGAACACUCCUUGCGCAUGAGCCAAGCCUUCCCGUCUCUGCCAGACCGGGACCUAGCGCAGCACAAAGCCGAGUCCGUCCUCCCUCCGCGCGACUACCGUGUCGACGUGCAGACCACGAGCGGCGAUAUCACGGGCGCCGUGGCCUUCAGCUCGUGGGCCAGCUUCAAGUCGACGUCGGGGACCGUCAGCCUGGAUCUGCUUCCUGUCCUAAACUCGUCGCUGGCGGGGCAGACAGGAAAGCAAGGGGAUGUCGAGCUGAGGACGUACAGCACGAGCGGGGCGACGGAUGUGAGGGUCUUGGAUCCGCUCUGGGUUGAUACCUCCGCCCCUGCCCCUGCCCCUGAUGAGCCGGUCAAGGAGAUAGGGGAUAAGAAGGAGAAGGGUGGGAGGGCGACGCCGGGGUAUGUCGUGCUAAGCUCUUCUUCUUCUUCUUCUUCUUCUUCUUCUUCUUCUUCUUCUUCUUCUUCUCCCUCCGUGUAUGGGAGUGAGGGGGGGAAGCUGCGGUGUCUGUACAGCACGCACAGCACCACCUCGGCAAAUAUCAAGCUGCGGUAUCCGGAGAGCUGGGAGGGGGAUAUCAGCCUGUCGUCGCUCACGGGGUUCUUGCAGGUGGCCGGCGAUGGCGUGAAGCUGAUCAAGGCCGGCAGUGAUUGGCCGGGGGUGAACAAGAAUAUGUUGGCUAGGAAAGGGGAGAAGGGCAAGGGCGGGAUGAUGACGGGGAAGACUCGGGACACAUCGAAUUUCUGGCUUGCAGCCGCGUCGCGGGAUCCGGCCGCCGUCCACCACGCCGGAUACUCCGGCACGCCCGUGGGCUCGCGCCCCCGGCCGUCCGCCACCGCCACCGCCACCGCCCCCACCAGCAGCAGCAGCACCAGCCACUUCGGGUACCAUCCGAUGAUGAGACCGUACGAGGCCGAGGUGGUGACGACCAGAGCGGCCGGGCCAGGCCACGCCGACGGCGCCGAAGCGCGGCCGCAGAUGCUGCCCGCUCUCUACCGCCCGGAUCGUCCAAAUGAGCCGGGCUACCUAGAUUUCUGCAAGAGAUCGUCUACCGUUCAUCCCAAUCAGACCAUGUCUGGCUCAGAUACUGGCUAA